CCGGGGACUGUACAGCUGCCACUGGAGGAGGUCGAGUGAAAAGGGACAAAAAUGUGGCUCCUGUUUUUUCUUAUUCGUCUGUCUGGUGGUCUUUCUUUCCAUCUGCUGGAUGUACAUUUGUUUCGCUACUUACAACGACCGAGAUGACAUUAACUCGAAAGGAUUCUCAGCCCUGAAAAUGUGGGUGAAUUGGUCCAUGUUGUUGAUCGUUGUUUCUGCGAUGUUUACCAGCUACUCUCUCCUGCUGCUGUUCUUUGCGCUGGUCCAAGUUAUCCUGAGAGAACGGCUGGUCUUACACUGGCUGCACAAGAUCUUUCUCUCCGUUGGCGUGAUUUUUGGUUUCCUGUUGCUGGCAGGAAUCUGUUAUAUGUGGAAACAAGAAGUGCCAACCAUUCCUCUUUCCCUCCAGGCCACAGGUCCUUUCUUGCAGUUUGGCGCCGUCGGAGCCUUGACUCUCCUCAGCUCCUUUGUCUUCCACGCCUUCACCGUGGCCCAACGAGGAUCGAAGUUCCUCAUAGCAGCAGCAUUUUUCGUUGUGUCAGCUGCCAUCUUUCUUUGGCCUCUGUUCAUCAAAUCGCCCUGCCUGAUAAGCGUGACAAACUUGCCUGACAAACCAAAACUCAUCGGCCACAGAGGCGCACCAAUGCUUGCCCCCGAAAACACAAUGAUGUCGUUUCAAAAGAGCAUCGAGUGUGGCGUGACGGCAUUCGAGACAGACGUUCAAGUCUGUAACGAUGGAAUUGGCUUCUUGAUGCACGACCAUAAUGAAGGGUUUUUAGAGAGAACAACAAAUAUAAAACAGAAGUUCCCUAACAUAUACUUACCCAACAGCAGUUAUGUGAAUUUUACGUUUCUGCGUGGUCUGAAUGCGGGUGAAUGGUUCCUAAAGACAGAUCCUUUUAACUCCAUACACCUGCUUUCAAAAGAGGAGAAAGAAACCGCCAGGAAUCAGAUUAUCCCCUCACUGCUUGAGCUCCUUCAACUCGCCAAGAAUCACUCCAUCUCGGUGAUCUUUGACUUGUAUAGUUCUGGAAGAGAUGAUGUAGAGCGCACACUUGAAACCAUCUUGAGUUCUGGCAUCGACCAUCACCUGAUUUACUGGCUACCUCCAAUAAACAGAAGCUACGUAAAGCGAAGAGCUCCGGGUUUCAUCCAGAUAUACAACAACGAAAGUGAGAUGACUGAUGAAGGAGCACACCACUUGAACAUGAUGUACAACAAUCUGAGUACAGAAAAAAUCAGGGAACUUCGGAGCAAGAACAUUUCGGUGAACCUUUGGACUGUCAAUGAGCGCUGGCUGUUCUCUCUGCUGUGGUGUGCAGGGGCCAGCUCUGUCACCACCAACUCCUGCCACCUCCUGAAGGACAUGGAGCAGCCUCACUGGACCAUGGAACCUUCUACAUACAGAACGAUAUGGAUUGUAGUGAAUAUUUCAUCCAUUUUGAUAAUGAUCUUUCUUUGCAUUCUUCAGCAGAAACUGUACUGCUUUGGUCAAAAACAAGAAACACAAAACAACAACUCUCUGUGGAAAGAAAUGCUUUCUCUUACCGGGAAUCCAGCUUGACGGUCUUCAGUGGCAGAUUUUUCAGGCUCAAAGUCGUCCUGUGUACGUUUCUGCUCUCACAACUGAGUGGUGCUCCAUCAGGGAAAGAUUGAUUACAUUUGUGUCAUUUGUUAUAAAGCUGUGAAACCAAGAACGUUUUUUUUUUUUUACAUAAUGUAUAUUUUUCAUGUUUAUUCAUCGGUUAUAACUGAAAAUACACAUGCGUUUUCUUUCAGCAUUUAAAAUGUAAUUUUGAUUUAAAGAAAACUUCAUGGCAGGAAAAACAUGUCUGCAAUGUCUGAGCCAAUCAUAUAUAAUUUUACACUGUAGUGUGCAUGUUUGUAACUCUCUGCUGCCAUCUGUUGUGUUAGAGGUGGAAUGAAAAUUAAAAAGUGAUGCAUGGUUAAUCAUUUCUGUUUUUGCAUAAACUCCAUAUUUGUACAACAGGCUUUGUUUUGCAAUCAUCAUUAAGCCUCAAGAAGAUGCUGUUUUUGAUGCGGGCAUAGGAUUUAAAAUUAAAAAGUUAAAUUGAAAACAAAUUUUAUUACUUUACCAUUUCUACAACAAAAAUCUGAGUCAGCAUAAAUGAAAAAUGUUUAUGGUUUUUAAUCAAACUUCUAGAAUGUGGUUUCUUUUUGCUGAAAAAAUACUUCUCCAAUAAAGUCAUUUAAAUCAAA